AGCAAAAACGCGAGAGAGUGAGAGCGUAUAUAAAAAAAAAGAUGAAACCGAGCGACGCGCUUCGCUCCCUUCUCUUCUCGCCGUCGACUGCCCGAAUGCUGUAAAGACAAAGGCUAGCAUUUAGUCCUCGUGUAACCUUGAUGCCUAUCAAUUAAAUUAUGCUAGGUGGUGACCAUUUUAGUAUCUUAUAUUGGUGGUGGAUAUAUUGGCCUGGUUCUUUUCUUGAGGCUAUUUAGUAGAAGCUAUUGAACAUGCCUCUUCACAAGAAAAAGCCUUUCCCCUUAGUGGAUCCACCCCAUGAUCUGAAGCCUAGUGAGCAUGUAUAUCAAAUUCGAUUCACGAAGGAAGUAUUGCGGGACUACCAAGAAUAUCUGAACAGGUUGAACCUUUAUCGCCAAAGAGUAUGGACAUGCAAGACUACUGGAAAGACUAAUUUAACAUAUGAGCAAGCUUUGGUCUCGGAGCGUCGGGCAGCAGAGAAGGUCCAGCAAUUCCCAAAAGAAUUGAUGAAUCCCGUGCUUCAGAUGAUACAAUAUAGCACUCUAACUUUGAAAGAUCUUGUCGAUACAAUAUAUAGUAAGUUCCGAGAACAUCUGUUUGAAGGCUUAGAAUUGCAUGUGUGGAAGGAGAAGUUUGUUUAUGCAUGCAAAAUUUUAAAACUUUUGGAGGACGAAAGUGGCACUCACUAUGAAGUUGGUUUGCUUGAUAAUGACAAGAGAGUAACUGAAACUUUAAUUGUAAAAGAAAGUGAUCUGAUACGCAAGAAGGCACCUUAUAGUAGGAGUGUACUGAAAGCUUUUAUUAGGGAAUCCACUUCACAAAGUGCUCCAUGGAUGCUUCACGAAAAGCUUGCCGAGAAACAUGGGAUCUCAACCAAACCUCCUGAAAACCUGCACACCGGGAACACAAUUGGCAAGAAAAGGAAAAAUACUGAAAAUGGCAGUGUGGUGGACAUGGAUAUGACCAACAAAAGAACAAAGAAAGAUGGAGAUGCAACAAAUGGAAUACGCAUUAAAUAUCCAAUUGAGGAUCUCUUAGUGCAACCUGCUGCUAAUGACCCGGCCUUUUCAGAUCGCCCUUCACUGUAUACAAGCUUUAAAGUACCAAUGGAUUGUGUUGGAGAUCUUCUGAUGAUUUGGGAUUUCUGCUCUUCUUUCGCUAGAUUGUUGAACUUGUGGCGAUUUUCUCUUGAAGAUUUUGAAAACGCCAUCUGCCACAAAGAUAGCAAUCUUAUUCUAAUUGUGGAGGCACAUGCUGCACUUCUUCGCUUGCUUAUUAAAGAUGAAGGAAAUUAUUUCAUGAUCAUUGAGGGUAAAAAGCGAAAAUCAAAGAUCACAGUGAUCACCUGGAAAGAAUUUUUAUGUGAUUUUCUGGAGAUGGAAGGUAGAGAAGAACUCACAAAGUAUUUGGGUACAAUAAGAAGGGGACAUUAUGGUCUCCUUGAAGUUAGCGCGAAGCUGAGCAUAUUUCGUGAUCUUGUGUCUGAGGCCCUCAAAACUAAUGCUAUUAGAGCUAGGGUAGAUGAGUGCAUUGAACAGCAGCAAGAACUUGCAGCAAAGAGAAGAGAAGAAGACAAAAGGAAGAAAGAAGAGCACAGCAAAACAUCUGACAAGCAAGGGCAUCAAGAGGGCAAUCCACAAAAUGGUGAAAGGAAUGCACAUAGUUCUGAUGUCAAUGGUAAGGCACCUCAAGAUGAAGAUGUUCUGUCUGUAGGAAAACAGAAGGCUAAGGUUUCUAAGAAACUUGGCAAUUCACAAAACGGUAAAAGAAAUGCUUACAGUUCCAGUGUCAAUGGUAAGGCUUCACAAGAUGAAGACAGUCUGCCUUUAGGAAAAUGGAAUGUUAAAGUUUCUAAGAAAAGUUAUAUUCAAGAAAACGGAGAGAAAAAUCAUCGUGCUGCCGGCUUCGGGGAGCUGAUAAUGGAAAAUGGAAACUAUUCUGAGAAGGUAAAAGGCGUGUCCCCUACUAGUGGAGGUAUAAAGAGUCCAGGACGAAGAAAAUAUAAAGAGAAAGACAUUCAGGAAAAGCUACCUGAAGAAGAGCAAAAGGAUUAUAUUGAAAAGGAACUAGAAAAGCUAUCUAUUCGAACCAAUCCUCUAGGAAAAGAUAGAAACCACAACAGAUAUUGGUUCUUCCGGCGUGAUGGAAGACUUUUUGUCGAAAGUUCAGACUCUAUACAAUGGGGCUACUACUCAACCAAGGAAGAGCUUGACGCACUCAUGGGUUCGUUAAAUCCAAAAGGUGUGAGGGAGAGGGCUCUUCAAAAACAGCUGCAGAAACACUAUCAAAAGAUGAGUAUGGCGCUACAAAAGAGAUCAAAGGAGGCCGCUCAAAACGCACUACUGGAGGAUAGCGAACGAAGACGUUCUACUCGUGUUAGGGUCGAGGCAAGAAAGAAACCAGCAUUUUUCUCUUAUGUCAACAAGUGGAAAGAUGACUAAUCUAAGUUCAUGGUAGAGAGAUUCUUACAUUCCGGCAAACCCUGAUGAUAUGCAUUUUCUGCGAUGUAGUACUGAUGCAUUGUUUAAGGAUUCAUGAGCUUCUGGGGACUUAGUACAGAUGCUGAAGAAGUGGAUACUUGAGAUUGUAGAGAGUUAAAGCCUAGAUGCUGACUUGUGCGAAGUCUUAUGGGGGUACUGCCUCCUAAGAGUUUUUGAGUUGUCGCAUUGCAAGUUUUGUCUGGACAUUUUAUACGUUAUAUUUAUUCUACUGUUGGGAUAGAAACUACU